AUGGUGGAUGAGGUAACCACCAUGAAGGAUGACGUCAUCAACGCCAACACGCUGGCUUGGCUGGUCUGCUCGGGCUUGUCCAUCCUGGCCAACACGUGGAGCAUCCUUAGCGUCAGUGCCAAGCAGAAAAAGUGGAAGCCGCUGGAGUUCCUCAUCUGCACGCUUGCGGGCACACACAUCCUCAACAUGGCAAUCCCCAUCACCAUGUACUGUGUCAUAACACUGCGCCGUCAGCACUCCAACUACGAGUGGAACGAGGGUCUUUGCAAGGUGUUUGUCUCCACCUUCUACACCCUGACACUGGUCACUUGCUUCUCCGUCACCUCGCUCUCUUAUCACCGCAUGUGGAUGGUACGCUGGCCUGUGAACUACAGGUUGAGUAACACCAAGAAGCAGGCAGUGCACACAGUGAUGGGCAUCUGGAUGGUCUCCUUCAUCCUGUCCACGCUUCCAGCUGUGGGCUGGCACGACACCAAUGACCGCUUCUACACCUCUGACUGCCGAUUCAUUGUGACGGAGAUCGGUCUGGGCUUCGGCGUGUGCUUUCUGCUGCUGAUAGGCGGCAGUGUGGCCAUGGGUGUGAUCUGCAUCGGCAUCGCUCUCUUCCAGACCUUCUCCAUCCAGGCGGGCCACAAGGCUGACAAGAACAAGUUCAACGUCCCCACCAUAGUGGUGGAGGACGCUCAGGGGAAGCGCAGAUCAUCCAUUGAUGGAUCCGAGCCUCUCAAGACAUCACUGCAGAUCACCUACCUGAUCAGUGGAAUCGUCUUUAUCUACGACUUCCUGACUGGCUUCCCCAUACUGGUGGUGAGCUUCGCCAGUCUGAAGUUUCACCGUUCCUACAACUGGAUGGUGUUGUGUGUGCUGUGGUGCUCCAUUGCCCAGUCCAUCCUGUUGCCCAUGUUCCUCUGGGCUUGUGACCGCUAUCGGGCUGACAUCCGCAUGGUGUGGGAGAAGUGCGUCGCCAUCAUGUCCAACGACGACGUGGAUGAGGAAAACAGCCAAGAUGGAGGAAUUCAUGCCGACUUAAUAUAUGACAGACCAUAUGACUAUAGCUCGGCGCCUGAAAUCGUGACGGUAGACCGUAAUGCCAAGUAUGAGUUCUCAACCUUAGAAAGGGGGGUUCCGCAAGGGUAUCCAUUGAGGGAACAUCAGGAAGAUAAAAUGCAGUAUUUGCAGGUGCCCCCUACAAGAAGAUACUCCCACGACGAAACCGACAUGUGGACCAGCGACCGGAUCCCCUCAUACCUUCACCGAUGGGGCUCCACGGAGGACAUGAUAGUGACUGCCCACUACAGCUCCACCUUACCGCGCCGCGAGAGGCGCAGGAGCAGCCUGGUCUCCUACCACGAGGAGAGCCACCACCACCAUCACCCGCAUCGCAAGCGGCGACGCUCUGAGGACAGUAUGCACUCCCUCAAGCACCUGCCACGCGCGGCUUGUGGCGGGGAGCACUACGAGGACGAGCUGCGGUGUUUUAGCCGCGACGAGGUGAUCAACUUUAUCGACGAGACGCCGCUGCCGAGCCCCCGGAAGAGCCCGCGGCGCGCGUCCACCAUCUCCCUGAUCCCACACGUGUACGAGCAGCACGCGGUCAUCCUGCCACACUUCCCCCUCACAGACUUUGAGUGCGAGCCUCAGGCGCUCAGGCGGCUCUCGGAACACAAAAGGAGCAGCAGUCGGGGCAACACGCCGGAGGCCUCCCCCAAACCGGACGGGCCUGCUGGAAAGAGGAGCCCCGGGGCUAGUGGCUCUGGUAAAGGCUGCCGGGAGCGUGUGCGAGACGGGAAGCAGCCGUGUGAAGCGGGCUCACCUGGGCGCAGCCAGCAGGCUCCGGGGCGCUCUGCUAGUCGGCCCAGGACAGGCGGCGGAGGCCGGGCUGAUGCUGCGGCGGACCGGGGGUAUCAGAAGCACCCGAGCAAGGGUGAGAGUAAAGGGAGCACAAACAGUUUUGUAAGCACUCCCUCGGCGUCGUCCAAGGGAUACAUCACCUUCCACUCUGAUUCUGUCGGCUCCUCCACCUAAAAGCCAAGUUGACCCUUAUUAAUAUCAAAAAUUAUUACUGAAGUAAUGACCACCACCGGAAUAUUGGUGGUUAUGUGAAAAUUGACAUACUGGAUUAUGUGUCCUUUUUACUUGUGCCACUGUUCUGUUUUACUAUACAUACCACCAAUACUUAUUAUGCUAAAUGGCCUUGGGGGCUUUGGACAUAUGUUCUGAAUGGGCCUAAUGUUUACUUGUAGGUUUGUAAAAAGGUUGGGGGUGGUCUGGUUAUUCAGCUUUCACAUCACGACAUAUCACCAAAUUACACUUUUUAUUUCCAGCACUAACACAAAUCAACUUUUUUGGAGAACAUUGCCACUCCUUGUUUUUGCUGUUCAAUGUUGUUUCUUAUGAACUGCUCAAAGAAUUGGAGGAGGUAGUUGUUAGGGUGGUGUUUUUCUCUUUGCUUUUUUUUUUUUUUGCACUUAAAAACUUGAACUCAUUGUAUUUUAUUUAGCCUUUUAUUGGCUGUGUGUUUUGUUGUAUGGAUACAUUGGCUUUCAAACCAAACUUGUCUGAAUACUGCUGUAUCUACCUUGAUAUUUACUUAAGGACAUGCCUCAGUGUACAUGUUCAUUUUUUAUUUUGAUCAUGUUGCACAACUUUAUUAUUAUUCACAACACAUUAAAAGUUUUUUUUUUUUUCCAAGCACCCUUUGUUGAAGUAAACUGAGAGUGGUAAUCCCAAACACUGUAUUGACUCUGUUUUAAAGUUACUGUGUGGUAUUGAGAUAUAACGUGAAGACCCCUAAAUUUCUAAGGAAAAUGUGAAGUCAGUUUUUAAAGAAAAUUGACGGGACAUGUACAUAUGAAGGAUAUUGAAUUUAUGGUUUUAGUGUUUUUUGUUUAAUGAGACUUGCUUAGAACAUUUCCUCCCAAUUCUUAUUCCAAUGUUUGUGUUAACUUUGGAGAUGAUCAGGUACAACAGUUGCCCACCACCACAUUGCAUAUUUCCAUAUAAAACAUCAAACUAAGACAGCUGGAAAUGCUUUGUCCCCAUCAACUGAGCAUGUCAGCCUGACCUCACCUCUUAUUUGUUUCAGUAACCUGUUAUAAAGGACCAAUAAUUAUUUAAUUUAUUAUGGCUCUUGAAGAAAAGAUGUGAAAUCGUCCAAUGUUUUGAAUAUUUGCAGCCUUCAAGCUGAAUACAUGUAGCAUAAUUUAAAUGCAGAUGUCGUACCCAAACCCAUAAAGAUGUUAGCACAAACGGCUCUAUUUUGGGAUUCUGUUGAGUAUGAAGUGACUUUUUUAACACUUGAUUUAUUGGAGACCCAAAAAUGUAAGCAAAUGUAAGCAUCCCCAAAGAGUCAGUAAGGGGAUGGUGUGGGGAAAUUUAAAGUUUGAAUUUAUUUUUUAUUUCUUUAUAUAUAUAUAUAUAUAUAUAU